ACUGCGCUGUAGCUGACUUUGAAGCUUAGCCUAGCUAUCGACGAGGAAUCGAAAGUUUGGCACAACUCUGUUGACACGAAAGCAAGGUUUCUAGAAGCUUCGAGCCUUUGAAGUCAAUCCCCGUCAUGCACGCACGAUUGAGAGUCCGGGCGAACGCCCGUGUUCUCAACUAUCCCAGAGCUCCCAAUUAUAGUCGUUCAUUAUCAUCCGCACAACCUCUCCGCAAUGCAACCCCCAAGGACUCGGAGCGACAGCUUAACAAGACCUCGGCUACAAUCACCCAGCCAAAGUCGCAAGGUGCCUCGCAGGCUAUGCUGUAUGCCACAGGCAUGACAGAGGAGAGGUUAAACAAGGCGCAGGUUGGCAUUUCGUCUGUGUGGCACUCUGGCAACCCUUGCAACAUGCAUCUCCUCGACCUCAACCACAGAGUUAAGGAAGGUGUUGAAAGAGCUGGACUUGUGGGAUACCAAUUCAACACCAUUGGUGUAUCAGAUGGUAUUUCCAUGGGAACUACUGGUAUGCGUUACAGCUUGCAGUCCAGAGAUUUGAUCGCAGACAGCAUUGAGACUGUGAUGGGCGGACAGUGGUAUGACGCAAACAUCUCAAUUCCAGGCUGUGACAAGAACAUGCCUGGUGUAAUGAUGGCGAUGGGCCGUGUCAACCGCCCCUCGUUGAUGGUUUACGGAGGAUCCAUCAAGCCAGGUUGCUCUGCGACCCAAGGCAAUGCUGAUAUCGAUAUCGUCUCGGCGUUCCAGGCAUACGGACAGUUUAUCACCGGCGAGAUCACUGAGGAAGUCCGUUACGAUAUCAUCCGCAACGCCUGCCCAGGAGGUGGUGCUUGUGGUGGUAUGUACACGGCUAACACGAUGGCUACCGCAAUUGAGGUCAUGGGUAUGACCCUGCCAGGUUCUUCGUCUAACCCAGCUGAGUCAAAGGCGAAGCACCUUGAGUGCCUGACUGCGGGUGGUGCUAUCAAGACUCUCCUGCAAGAAGACAUUCGUCCCAGUGACAUUCUUACUCGCCAGGCCUUCGAGAACGCCAUGAUUGUUGUCAUCAUCACCGGUGGCUCUACCAACGCCGUCCUGCAUUUGAUUGCUAUUGCCGACUCCGUUGGUAUCAAGCUUACCAUUGACGACUUCCAAGCCGUUUCUGACCGCAUUCCAUUCUUGGCCGACCUCAAGCCUUCCGGAAAGUACGUCAUGGCCGAUCUUCACAACAUUGGCGGCACACCGUCGCUUCUCAAGCUCCUCCUGAAGGAGGGAUUAAUCGACGGCUCUGGCAUGACUGUUACCGGAAAGACGCUGGCCAAGAACUUGGAGGCCUUCCCGGAAUUCCCAAGCGACCAGACUAUCAUUCGCCCACUUUCCAACCCAAUUAAGGAGACCGGACACAUCCAGAUUCUGCGUGGUUCGCUCGCCCCUGGCGGCUCCGUUGGCAAGAUCACUGGAAAGGAGGGCCUGACCUUCACUGGCAAGGCGAAGGUAUACGAUGCCGAGAGUCUCUUCAUUGAGGCGCUCGAGAGAGGUGAGAUCAAGAAGGGCGAGAAGACCGUUGUUGUCAUCCGUUACGAGGGUCCCAAGGGAGGACCAGGUAUGCCAGAGAUGCUGAAGCCCAGCUCCGCCAUUAUGGGAGCUGGCCUCGGCAAGGACUGUGCACUGGUCACCGAUGGACGCUUCAGCGGCGGAUCCCACGGCUUCUUGAUCGGCCACGUUGUCCCUGAGGCCCAGGAAGGUGGACCAAUCGGACUAGUAAGAGAUGGGGAUGAGAUUACCAUUGACGCGGAGACGAAGAGGAUGGAUCUGAACGUAUCGGAGAAGGAGUUGGCUGAGAGAAGGAAAACCUGGGUUGCGCCCCCGUUGAAGUACAAGAAGGGAACUUUGGCGAAGUAUGCUAGGUUGGUCAGCGAUGCCAGCCGUGGAUGCAUCACGGAUGGAGCUAUGGACGAGAAUCAGAAGCGCUAAGCAUUUAAAUAUUAAAUUAAAAUGGCUCUGGAGAAAUUUGUUCGGCCUGUGGGAUUUUUUUCAAUUAACAAUUUCAAAAAUUCAUAUCACUGGAUUGGAGUAGGGGUCCGCUAGUCAUACGUCUUUGACAAAUUCAAGUUCUAAUUUGUAUCAGAUGGAUUUGGAGUCAUUAUAUGGUGCUUGGCAACCCAGCUUUCCAGACUGUUCCCUCCGCAGCAUGCCACUACCUUUUGCUACGCCGUUUGGGGUGCUAAGGGUAGGGCUGAGCGUAUUGCUGUGGCUGCACAUGGGGUGAACUAUCUGGUAUGUCUCCAACCGCAAAAAGCAAUAUCUCAGCGUCCCAGUUCGGCGUACAACCCCCCCCACACCCAAUGUGAUUUUCGACCCCUCUUUAAUGGUCCCAGCCCUCCUAGUUGAUUCUACGCUAUCCGCCCGCCGGCAGAUCAAACAUCUUCAAAUUCAACAUCCUCCUCACUUUCAACCUCCUCUGCCGCAGUCGGCUCUUCGAUCCUUACUUUCUUCGAUGCUCUCCCGCUUUCAGGAGUUCCUGGUCCUGUCGCAGGGCUACCCACGCCUGUGCUUGUUCCUCCACUGGGACUGCCUGUGCCCGCUUUGGACUUCCUUAGCGCGCUGGCAAGACCGCCAGCGUGCGGUUUGGAAUCAGAAACGGCGCUGCUGGGUGUGCCAACUCCAGAUCCGGUAGCUGGCACUAUGUCCUCGAAACCCAGAUCCUCAUCCUCAUCUUCGUCCUCAUCCGUCUCGAACUCAUCUUCUGCCUCCUUUUCUGCUUCUCGAGCCUGUUCGGCUUUAAGUUGUGCGAAGUAGUCAUCAAUCGCAGCUCCAUCACCCGAAAAUGACGGCGUGGUGAUAAUAUCUUUCUUUUCCUUGCUUUCUUCCAGAACCUCUGACUUCAUGGCCGAUUGUGAGGUAGGGAUAAUCUGUUCACCAGUCACAGUACUGUGUGUGAAAUGAGCGGGAAGCACAUUUUGCGCCAAAUACGCUUCUCUGCGCGCUUGCUCAGCAGCCUUGUCUGCCUCUGUCGGCCCUUCAGAGGCUGUAACUGUGACUGCAAUGCUUGUUGGACCGGUAUUUGUGAGGCCUUUGACUGCCGUGGGCCUAUUUGAUAGCGAGUCGACAGGGACUGUUUCAUUUGCAGGAUUGAGCAAGGCAUCUCGAAUGACUGGUCGUGCAGCUGCGUAGGCGACCUCGAAGGUGCUAUCCGGAAUAACCACUUGAUCAAUUUUCGGAAGUAGGUCUGUGAUAAACCUGAAUUGAGCAUUGAGUCUUGUAGAUUGCUCAUGGCCACCACUGUCUCCGUGCUCAUUUGGAACAAGUGGGUAACUGCACUUAUGGCACAAGAAACCCAGCUUGUAGUCGAUCUUGUCCAAAACCUCCAAUUGUGUCCAUUCAGACUGGCAACGUGGACAGACGUAUUCCUUCCUCUCUUCCUUCGUAAUAGUAUUGCCUUGAACAUUUUUGUCGAUACGAUAUACCCGCCACUUGAUUGCAUCGACUGUGGCGCGAUAAUCGAUAUAGUAAUAGGUCCUGUUUAUGGGACGCUGUUGGCCCUCUUUCGUCUCAGAUCGGGUAUGUCUGUUUGAGGAAUCGUGUCAGAAAAUUAUCUCUGGGAAGGCCUGUUCAAACAUACACUGCCAAGAACCUGUCUUCCCUGAGCUUUCCGCACAGCUUGUGAAGCUCUUUGGUGUUCAUACCCAUCAGAAAGGCCAUAUCGUCAUCUCGCAAGCUGUCCUGGUCAACACCACAAUCAGAUUUACAAACCACCCCAAGGGACAUACGCUGAGUGAAUAAUCAAUGCAUCAAUGACCAGAAUAUGCUUUGUGUCAUAAAAGGAUCUCAUGACAGAGCGUACGAGUGUCUGGGCGAGAUCCAUGGCUGGUUUCUUAACUUGAAAGUAGUUAUUAUCUUGAUAGGUAUGCCGGGCUGAAAUCGAAGAGCCUUAUUUUCAACGGGCCUGGAAAGGUGAACACCGGAUGACCUGUGGAGGCACGAAGGUGGUUAUAUUAACAAUUGUAGUUGUAUUUGUGCGCAUGCAUGGCCAGAUGCGCCAUGCGCUGUGGGCAUGAGAUUUGCUUUGAAGAGAAUAAGCAGGUCAAAGCUCGUUGUUAGUUAAAGCUGAACUGAAGUAUAGCCGUGUUUGAUGAUUAGGAAUUUAACCUUCUACCUGACUUUGAAGGAACUUGGUUAUCGGCAAGGCUGAAAGGCUGAUGGAGUAUAUAAGCGCCGUUGAUGCACAAGCGGCGGCUCCUAGACGCCCCUAGCGUUUAAUUUUUGGG